UCCGGAUAUGAGCGAGCGUCACUCAAUCAGCAUCAGGCGCAACAGCAGCCGCUCUGGGGAAUGCCUACAGAAUAUCCAAACUGCCCGACGGACUUUGAUGCGAGUGAGACGAUCUUCCUAUAAGUUGCGUACAGUCGCCUGCACUUCACCGGCGAUGUAACUUCUAGUGCUGUGAAAUAAUUAUGCAAGAGAACAAACCGGAUUGCUUGUACCUGCGAUAUCCCAAGGACAUAAUGUUUUCGUCUGUCCCUCGAUCGGGAUUUGUGGUCUUUUGCGUGAUUUUAGUCCUGGCUUGUUCCCUGUACCCUGUGCUGAAGACACUGUGUGUUCAGAUCCACUCUGCUGUCACAGGAAGCUAUGUGGCUGGAUAUCACUCUGUGCUGCUUGUCAACUGUCCCACAGAACAAACUGCUAGAGACAUCGGCAGGAGCAUCAUGGAAAAAAGGCUGGCAGCAUGCGUGAAUAUAUUUCCUCGCACUACCACUAUGUACUACUGGAAUGGAGAGAUACGGGAUACCUCAGAAAUACUGCUGCUUGUGAGGACAAGAACGUCUCUGGUGCAGAGACUUGUGGCUUAUAUAAAAGCUGUGCAUCCCUAUGACAUUCCAGAAAUAAUCAGUUUUCCUAUUGAUGAUGGAAGCCAGCAUUACUUGAAGUGGAUGGAAGAUGCAGUCACUGAUAUUUGACACAUCAGUGUCUGCAAUCCAGUGGAGAAGCUCUUCUUUUGGAAGCUCAAUAUACAGAAACAUUGAUGGGAUAUGGGAACAUGAGCACAAAUUCUCAGGUUAAUGGGAACCCUGGCCCACACAAUGAAUGUCUGUUAAUAUAAAGAUCAGCGUAUAGAUUUACUGGAUGAAUGUGUGGAAAGGGAUUUGUCUGAUGUGUUUUUACCAGUACUGUUACAUUUAUGCAUAUAGCAGAUGCUUUUAUCCAAAGUGGCUUACAAUAGGGGAACAAAACCAGCAAUAUUUAUAGUAGACAAUGCCAGGGUUAUUAGAUAGCUAGAUUUGCAAAGCAGAAGACAAUUACAG